GAUAUUUCCGUCCGAGUGCGCUACUGACUUGCUUGAUAAGGGAGCUAUCAAAAGGGGGCUCGUGAUGUCUUUUUUGUAAUCGGACAAUCAAUCAGAUGUACCCAUGGUCUCGGGAAGAUAUAAGACGAUGUCCGUAUCGCUGCCGCCUGCAGUUCAACAAUGAAGACUUUCCUGUGCGUUGUUCUUGGGUUGGUGUUCGCCGUUGAAGGGAGAGAUCUGCUCCUGCAAGAGACGAGAUCGGUUAGGUUUGCUCCAACAUGCUCGCUCAACAUCAACAAUCAGCUGCCGAUCCCGCAACCACUGAUCCUUCAUACAGGCACGGAUCAGUUUCGCUAUCCGACCUCGAACAAUCGUCUUCUCCAGCUGAAUGCUGGAGAAACGGUUGAGCUCGCCUGUGACAACGGAUUCAACCUGGCACCCGCCAAAAACACAAUCAUCGUAUCGUGUGUGUUUGAUCAAACGUUCAACUACGACAGCACCAUGUAUCAGUUCCAGGAAUUCUCGUGCACACGAAACUGGUACAGUUCAGCACGCGAUACUAACGAGGCAUGUAAUCAAGGUGCCACGAUCAUCGAGAUCGGGUUUGAAUUGGGAACGCGCUUCCCCAAGAUCAUGGACAUCUGUCACAAUAGCGAAUCCUUUGAAAAUCACUGGGUCAAGCACGAGUUCCGUCGGGCUCACGCUGGAUACCAGCAGGGAGUUGCACGACCUUCCUGGUACCAGGGAGAAUUCUACCCAGGGGUCAACGUCAACACACUGUACACGAUCGUUCGUCAACGGCAAACGAUCGCUGAGAUUCUGAACUCACAGACACUCGCCGAUGAUAUCGUGGGGGACACCAGCAAUGGAGUUUACAUGGCCAGAGGUCACAUCGCUGCACGGGCAGAUUUUAUCUACGCCACCCAUCAGAACGCCACUUUCUGGUUCUUGAACGCCGCUCCGCAGUGGCAGAACUUCAACGAUGGGAACUGGCUAAAGAUCGAGGACAGCACACGGAACUUUGUCGCGGCACGUAACAUUCGGGUGACUGUUUAUGGAGGAACUUACGGUGCCCAUACGCAGACCGAUGUCAACGGAGACCAGCAGCCAAUCUUCCUGGACUUCGAUCGCAACGGCGUUCAACGGCUACCGGCGCCAAAAAUCUACUACAAGAUUCUUCACGACGAGCAAAACAAAGCUGGAAUUGUGCUAAUCGGAGUCAACGAUGUCCACAUAACUUCAAUGGACCAAAUCCGCAACGAAUACAUGUUCUGCGAAGACAUUGGCGACAAGGUCAGCUGGAUCAACUGGGACAGGUUCAACCUGCGACGUGGAUUCUCCUACGCUUGCGAAGUCAACGAAUUUCUCAGGAAAAUUGGCCACCUGCCAGAGCUGGACGUUCCCAAUUUACUCAUCUAAGAUAAAUAAAUAAAAAUUUCUGUUCUGUUUCAACCCCAAAAGAAUGUACCGCACUGAA